CUUCCUGUUUGGUUUGAUACCACCACAUCCAUGUUUGAUGCCAAGCGGUCAUGGAUUGAUUAUGGUUGAUCCGUGGUUACAAGAGGUCUGCCGAUAGGUGUAUUUGCUGCGAGAUGUUGGUAGCUGCUGGUCGUGUGACGUUAUUGUUCAGAUGUGUUCGACCCGUAUUCGCUAAGUAUGCGGUGGCUCCGUCAUUAUUUGGUGCUGUUAGACAUAAUAGCGGGAUAGAGCUACCUGCUGGAAGCGUCAGACGGAUCCAGAGUAGAGCACGCAGCGGCACGCAGCACGUCACUACAGGGAAGCUGGUGCGGAAUGGAGUGGAUAAUAAAGCAGCGGUGAUCUGCAUUGAAGGGAACAUUGCCAGUGGGAAGACAACAUGUCUGGAGUAUUUCAGCAAAACUAGCAAUAUAGAGGUCCUUACGGAACCAGUCUCUAAAUGGAGGAAUGUCCGUGGACACAACCCUUUGGCUCUGAUGUACCAGGAUCCUGAGCGCUGGGGCAUCACUCUGCAGACAUAUGUUCAACUCACCAUGCUGGACAGGCACAUGCUAGCCAGAUCAUCCUUUGUCAGAAUGAUGGAGAGGUCCAUCUUCAGUGCCAAGUACAUCUUUGUGGAGAAUCUCUUCAAAAGUGGGAAAAUGCCAGAAGUGGACUAUGCUGUUCUCAGCGAGUGGUUCGAUUGGCUCACAACUAACAUUUCCAUUCCUAUUGAUCUGAUUGUGUACCUGCAGACUUCUCCUCAGACCUGCCAUGAGAGGUUGAAGCAGAGAUGCAGAGAGGAGGAGAAAGUCAUUCCAUUGGAGUAUCUGGAGUCCAUCCACCAGCUGUAUGAGGAGUGGCUCAUCAAGCAGAGCUCCUCCCCUCUUCCUGCUCCUGUUCUGGUGAUUCCAGCUGACUAUGACCUCCAGAAGAUGCUGCACCAGUACGAAGAAAACCGUGACAAGAUCCUAGCAGCUAACAAUCUCUGAUGCAUUCUACAAUGUGUGCAGUUUUUUUUGUUCAGUUGCUGUUUAUUUUGUGAAUCGCAUAUAUUACAUUACUGAUUUAUAGUUAUUGAGGCAUUCAUGUGUUAAUCACUUUAAUAUUGUAGCUGGUAAAGGUGAAGCUAAUUUUAAUUGUGUUGCAUACUGCUGGGUAACAUAGCAGCUAGCUAUAAUAAUAAAUCAUUAUUUAUUAGUUGAUUUAUAUUUUGUAUCGGUAAUCUAAAUCUACAAAGUAACUAGAGCUGUCAAAUAAAGUGGAGUGGAGUUAAAGAGUUCAA